UACCAAUAAAAAUUAUACAUUAGCGAACUAGAAAUGUCUUGUAUGCUUGUGAGGCAUUCUUUGAACUUUCAAUAGCCAAACGAGUUGCAAAUCUAUAGCUUCAAAAUGUCAUCUUACCAUGUUUCUCAUGAGUCAUAUCGACCACCAGGCCCUUCGCCACUAUACCAACCGAUGAUGGAGGCUCCACCGCCACCGUAUCCACCAACCAGGACGAGGUUUCAAGACUCCUACGGUGGCUACGGUCAGCUUCAUCCACCGCCGCUACGUCCAUAUAGAGAUGAAUACUAUGGAGAAGGGGAAUAUGUGGGUUGCUUUCCUUUUCUAAGAAGCUGUUUAACAACGCUAUGUUGUUGCUGGUUCGUGGAACGGUGUUGCUUACCAAGUCGUUACUAAUUCUUGUAUGAGAAAGUGACUCUAUGAUAAUCUACGUUUGAUCCGCUUUAUGUGUUGUUGUAAUGUGCAAAUUAGAAUUCUUGUUUCGUUUAUGAAACAUGGACUUCUGAUUUGAAAACAAUUUUUUAUAAAUAUAUGUUUGG